CGUACAGUACGUCGCAACAGUUCGAUAGUAGAAUAAGUUAGUUAAAGAAUGAACACAUCAAAACCCUGGCUGUUGAUCGUUGCAAUUACAUGCAUUAUUCUGCAGAUACUCGGUGCAGAAAAUAAUUGCCCUAUGCCCUGUCCUCACAUAAUGGAUCCAGUUUGUGUCAACGAUGGAGGUGAGUUCAGGUCCUUCUCGAACCGCUGCUUGCUGCGAGCUCACAAUGAAUGCGAACGAGAAGCAGAUAAAGAAGCUUUACAGGAGGUAGAUUCAAGCAACUGUGAAGACUACAAUUGGAGAUAAUUCUACCCGAGAAUUAAAUCUUUGUUUAGAGCUACGACGAAAAUGCUAAAGCUUCAAUCAUCAUACUAGUUAUGACUGCAGUCCUUAUCAGCGACCUUCAGAAUGUGAAUAAAAAUCAUUAAUCUCGUACU